GGCCCCGCCGCCCGGACGCGCUUCCCUGAGCCGAGGCCGCUUCCGGGGCAGCGCCGGGGCCGCUCUGCGCCGGCCUCGCUGGUCUGGGUCCGCCCGGAGCCGCGGGGGCCGCGCUGACCGCCGACGUCAUGUCUGAGGAAGACAGUGGUGAAAAUCUGAAAGAUGAAACCUCUUACAAAGCUGAAAAUGAACAGAAGACAGAGGAACUGGGCUGCUCUGAGAGCAGUGAAGGGAGACAACAAGAGACUGUGCCUGUGACUCGAAAAAGACCUGAACCCAAGCCCCCAAGCCAGCCUGCUGUCACAGAAAAGCCUGCAGGUGAAACCAUCAAGGUCUCAGAUCCUCCUGCAGUUCAGACUGGGUGGGGCUACUGGGGAAGCUGGGGGAAAUCUCUUCUGUCAACUGCGUCUGCUACCGUAGCUACUGUAGGUCAAGGUAUUUCAAAUGUCAUAGAAAAAGCAGAAACAACCCUUGGGAUCCCCAGUCCUAGUGAAAUCUCGUCAGAGUCUAAAGAUGGUGCAAGAGGAAGUGAGAGUCCUGCUGCCAGCAACGCUGAUGCAGCUGAUGAUGGCAGCUCCUUCCCUAUUGCUGGGGCUCUUGAAGUUUUAUCAACCAUCUCUACUGCUGUCCAAAGCACAGGUAAAAGUGUUAUUAGUGGAGGUCUGGAUGCCUUGGAAUUCAUCGGCAAAAAGACAAUGGAUGUAAUAGCUGAGGGAGACCCUGGAUUCAAAAAAACAAAGGGCCUAAUAAACAGAACCUCUACAUUAUCUCAGGUCUUACGAGAAGCAAAGGAGAAAGAAGAGCAGCAGACAGCUACCGAGGUUACCAUGGCUACUGAGAAGAAAGCCCAUUAUGGGUUACUGUUUGAUGAGUUUCAGGGUCUUUCGCAUCUGGAGGCCUUAGAGAUGCUUUCCAGAGAGAGUGAAUCAAAGGUGAAAGCAGUUCUGAAUGCCCUCUCUGGAGAGAAGUUGGACACACUGAAGGAGGAAAUGGAACAACUCAAAGAAGCAUUUUCUUUGCCUGAAUUCUUUGAAGAAGAAGAGGAAGAAAAGAAGGGAGAUGAAGAGUUCACAAAAGAAGUAACAGAGUUGUUUUCAGAAUUGCACAUCUCCUCCACGCCAGACAAAGUGAUCACGGUGAGGACAUCUGCUCAUGAGUGGAUAGCACAAUUCAACAGCAGUCUUCCUAAAGAGGAAAAAGAAAAUGAAGAAAACCAAGAAGUAGAAUCUAGAGAUGGUGACCAGGAUGCUAAGAAAUCAGUAGAGGAUAUUCAUGCAUUUGCCAUAAGAAGCCUGGCAGAACUGACAGCCUGCUCCAUUGAAAUGUUUCACAAAACUGCAGCUUUGUUUCUCUAUGGUCAGAAACAGGAGGUGACAGCCACAGACAGAGCCAAGUCCCUGUCACAAUUGACUAUCAUGCUGUGUAAAGAACUGUCAGCUUUCUCUAAAGAGUUCACAACAUGCUUAACAACUGCAGGGGUCAAAGAGAAAGCAGAUGUGCUUAAUCCCUUAAUUACUGGAGUGUUUUUGGAGGCUUCAAACAGUGCUUCCUAUAUCCAAGAUGCCUUCCAGCUCUUGCUGCCUGUACUGCAGAUCUCUCUUAUUGAGGCUAGAACAGAACUAUCACAGUAAUAAAAAUCCUUCUAAUUAAGAACUUUUUGACCUUCCCAGUUCGUAGUUUCCAUGCUGGAGAAUGAUGUAAUGGCUCUUAUUAAAGGGAAAAAGAUGAACUCUGCUCACUGCUGCUGCAAGAAUGGUGAUUAAGUGCAGUCUGGCAAUGACAGCUCUUACAGCACACUGAGAGAUGUGAUUAGCAUAGUCGAGGCUGGUGGACAACGUGGCAGACUUAAAGUGCAGAUUGCUUCUCUGUUUCAUGGACUGUCUGUGUCUUUUCACUGAAAUCUCUCUGCUGUAUGUGUUAACAAGCUCUUUGUGUUCACAGUCCAGAGAGCUUCUCCAGUGCUGAAGAGAAGAGUAGCAGCUGGCUAGUUAGUUAGCUAAAAUCAUGGUGUGAUUUUUAAGUCAGACAUAAUUGGGUUCCUGAUAGCUCUGCAUUCCUGUUGAAGUGAAUAUUAGAUAGGAGGUGCAAGAAGAGGCAGAUUUGUGUGAUUAUGAACCUUGCAGUUCCUAGACUGGGCAGAAUAGAGCAGAGAGAAUUCCUGAUCAAGCUGCUUGUUGCUGAAGAGAAGCUCAGCUUCCUGAAGAUGUCUGUACUGACUCAGGGAUGUGGGACAGGGACACUCACCAGGGGGCCGUUUCUCAUUCUCUCAUGCUGUGCUUGCUUCAGCACGAGCUGGGAAAAUGCUGAUCUGGCCCUGAGAAUGCAGGUACUUGGCUUUAUAGCAAUAAAUGAGAACUGACUAAAAGGGAUUGAUUCGUGUUUGGGCACUUUAAUGAGAGAAUUCAGCAGGAGGAUUCCCAUUUUUCAGUGCAGCUUGACAUGUCAGACUGUUCACAGACUCACAUACUGCUUGUCUUCUCUUUCUGUGGAAAAACACUAUAAUGCAAUGCUCCUUCUUGGAAGGUAUCUAUUAAAGUAGGGAGAGAGGCAGCAAUUUGGUUCUGUUAGUAGGAGUCCUAAUUUGCCUCAGAAGCUGCUCCACGUAUGGUAUCUGUUUCUUUGUGCUGUGCAAGUUCCCUGCUUUGUUCCUUUAUCUUUUGAGCCUGCCCAUGGGGAGGCAGCAGCCUCUGUUGGAAUCACAAGAGCAGAAAUGCACAGCUAAAAUGGAAUUUCAAGAAGUCCAUAAUAGCUAAUCAGAGGUGAUUGAGUGUCACACCUGCCUCUGCACUUGCUCAUUGGUAGCAAUGAUGGUCAAAUCCCCUUUUGAAAAUCCUCUGGGUUUUUGCAGGUCUUGCACAUCUCUGCUAUACUAAAGGUUUAGAACAUUCCUCUGCUCUAGUUGUGCAGUAGAGAAGUGUUUUUUGUACUAGAAUACCUUUUGGCUAAUGCUCUGAUUUUAUAUAUAUAUAUAUAUGGAAAAAACCCUGCCUUAGUCAUGGUUAGACUGAUCAGAUCUUAAAAGGGAAAGCUUUUUCUGGCAUCUUGAAACUGGACUUGAAAGGAGUGUGUCCAGGGUAAAAAAAUCUGCACUACAAUAAAAUUUGUAAUUUUUUUUUCUUUUGGUUGAUAGCAUUAUUAAAUAAAGGAUUUGUUUUGACAACCGUUUCAAUUAAAAGCUAUCAAGGUAGCAGUGAGCACAAAUGAAAUAAAAGAACUGUGGGGUUUUUUCUCAGCCCUGAUUGUGUUUUUUGGGGCAGAGCUGGGUGCAGCUCUGGGGCCAGGACAGCUGGGAUUUUUCUCAUGGUAGGAAAUAGUGCUCUGAACCCAGGCUGGGGAGUGAGAGCUCCCACAGAUGAGCUCCCAGUUCCUGUGUCAGUGGAAAAAGGCCGCUUUGCUCCUGCCAAAAAGCCAAAAUGUACAGAAAUGUCAGAAGAGAAGAAAUAAAGGUAAUGGAGUUUUAUGAAGCAGCAGCUGCUUUUUUGCAGAUAAAUUCUACUGACCUGCAGUGCUUUAGUGUAGAGUAGUUUAAUAAUUAAAGGAAAUGAGGUGAUUUUUUUUUAACAUGCAGACAGUAAUUCCUUCAGUCAUGUGCCACCUGGAUUUUGUUUUAGCAGCCAAUAAUCAAACGUGCACCAUCUUCAUUUGUGUGCCAGUGCAAGGACUGCAAUAGACAGACAACAAAAACAGUUCCACGGUUGCUGAAAUCUUUCUACCCAAAAGAUUCAUCAGAAUUCAGCAUCCAGCUGUCUGGAGGUCUUCCUGCUUGGCCUUGCCUUCUGUGUGAACCUAAUGAGAGCUGACAGUAAUUUGAACACUUCUGGUAGUGUUUGGGGAGGUGAGAGGUGGCUGAGAAUAGAUAAGAGUCAGCUAAGAUGCUGGCAGUGACUUGGAGGGAAAAAAAAAAAAAAAGUCUUCCACAAUUGUUUUCUUUCCUUGGGAGUGAUUCUGCUAGUUGCAGCUGUAGAAGCUGCUUCCUGGCAGCUGCUGUGGAAAGGUUCAAAACACAAAAAAGGCUUGGGCUUCCCAGUGGGCUUUGGGAUGUGCUCCCAGGCCUUGCCAAUCACCUUCCCAGGGACUCCAUUGCCAUUAUUAAAACACACAUGGUCAGUAGCAGCAGAAGCCCUGGCAGGAUGAGCAAUUGUCCUGGUUUGGAAGAAGCAGCAGCUAUGUGGCCACUGGUGGCCCUGACUAAAGGGACACCUGUCCCAGGUCACCCACAGCACCUGUCCCAGGUCACCCACAGCACAAAUUAAAGGGUUGGACUAAGAGGCAGGAAUGGGGGAGCUCGUGGCAGGAGGAAGAGGGCUCUGGCAUUUCCUUCUCAGGUGUGUUCAUCAAAUCCAAAAUAAAGAGUGGUCUGUGAUCUUGUGACCUAAGCAGAGAUGGGUGUUCUGUAGUCCAAGGCUCCUUGGCACAGAAACAGGGGACAAAAGUGGCCUGUACUGUGCUAGUCCAUGUUUUCUGGGAGUCUCCUGUGACAGCAGCUUGAGGUUACCAUGCACUGGUGCUUUGGGUGCUGGCUAGCAGGCCGCUUUCCCUUCUUCAAGAGCAGCCUUGUGCCCACUGCAGGGUGAGACCAGAGCCUGUGCAGUCUGGGGGCUGGCACCUAGAAGUGUCCCUGGCUGCCACUCUGCUGUCCUGCUGCAGGGAGAUGCUGGUGGCUGCAGCCUGGCCUGCUGGUCAGGAUGGUCGUGGUUCUGUGGGUGUCACUUUGGGUCCCUGUGUCCAGAGAUCAAUGGCAGGGUUGUCCCCUGGGGUGUUCUCACUGGAGAAUGCUGGAGGCAUCAGAGACUGAGAGCCCAGCUGGGGCUGGCAGGGAAUGAGCAAUGUGGUCACCAGUUAAAAAUAAGUUUGAGUUUGGUAUUUGUGGGGCAGGGUCCUCCUAAGGUGGCAGGGGCUGCUCAGAGGUGUGGGUGCAAUGCCUGUGCUGGUCCCAACACCAAACAGAUCCCAACUCCCUGGAUCUGUUUUCAGGGUGCUCCGUGUGCCCAUCUCCAUCAUCUCAAAUUCCCUGGCAGCUGUGCCGUGCUGGCACAGAUGGGAUUGCUGCCAGUGCUUAUCCCAAGACCAAAUGCUGGCAGCAGGAGCUCCCUGAGUGAUUUGUGUGUGAGCUGAAGCCUCUCUGUAAGAGACCAGAGCUACUGAUUGUAAACUGGGCAGCAACAGAGACUCUGCCACCAGCCUGGCUGAGCUGCUCCAGGGUUUAUCUGCCCUGGACAUUAAAACUCUUCCCUCAUUUCUGACAUAAACCUGCCAAUGGGACUCUUGCUCUGGGUUUGGGGCCAGUGCAGACUGUGGUGGAGCAGGUCUGGGGCAGAAAUAGCCAGCUUUUUGGGACAAGUGACUCCUGCAGAGCUGCUUGCUCCCUGGAUGGGUUACCCAGAGUUAGGUUCACUCUGUUGGAGGGGGCUCCACACACCCUGCAACUACUGUAAAUGAAAGUCAAAUGAUUGAGGGAGCAACUUUGUUGUAGAGUUGAAGGCGUUAAAUGGGACAAAUCUUACAGGAGAGCUAAUUCCUUUUAUUAGAUGGGGAAAACAAAUUAGCUGGGUACACAAGCCCUUUCUGACACUAUUGUUACUGUUAUUAUCCCUUACUGGUGCUGUUAGAAAUGAGGGCAUUGCAUUAGAGGGAAGGCACGUUAUGCAAGUGUUUAGACCUGCUGGUAACUGCUCUCUGCUGACAGGUAUUUACUUAAUGAUAUGUUGGAGUGAAAGCCAGCAGCAAGGACAAGCUUUGGAGGGAGCUGGGAGUGCUCAGCUCUGCCUGGUCCAGCCUUGCCUGGACCUCCUGGAGCUGCCUGACCCCUCCCACUCACAGUAGGCAUCCCCCAAAGCCCCUUUUCUGUCCUUCCAGCAGGUUCCUGACCAUACGCAUUCCCAGACUGAGUUCCCAGUGCUCUCCUGGACCCAGGCCUGGUUCCCAUGGAUGUCUGCAGCCUCCAGAGCUGCCCUGAUUUGCUUGCAAAAGGUCUUUGUGCUCCUGCCUGUGCUGGAGGCAAUGCCUGGUGUGGGUACCAGUGGGACAGGUCACGUUUCCGGUGUCAUGUGCUGUCCAUGACGGAUGGCAGAGCCAGUUUUUCUGCUCCAAAAGUGGGACUGGGGAGGAGACCGCAACACUCAAAUACCCAGAGCCCCGGCUGCUGCCAGCCAGGCAUCCAGGAGAUCACUUCUUUUCAGCUCCAGGUAGGUUCUCUCUGUUCCCUAGGUGUGACUGUCUCGUGCCCCAGAGCUCUUUGACUUUGGUGAAAUGUCGACAAUCCUGAAAUGGUUUGGACGGGAAGAUAAGGAGAAAGAGGAGGACAAAAAAGAGAAGGAAGAAAAGGAGAAGGAAAAGACUGAGGGAGAAAAAGAGAAGGAGAAGGAGAAGGAGAAGGAGAAGCAGAAGAGGAGGAAGAAGGAAGAAGAAAAGCAGGGAGAUGGGGAAGAGGACAGGAGCAGCAGCAGCAGCUCUGACAGUGACUCGGAGGAGGACCAAGGCAUUGCCAAGGAUGAUGAGAAGGAAGACAAGGAUUAGUCUUGCUGUGAUGGAGCAGCAGUGCACGCCCUGGGCAUGCUGAGGAGGUGGAAAUGGCAGAUUGGGCUGGAGGGCAACUGGGCCACUGCUAGCCAAAUAAAGAUGUUGUGAUCUUCAAAGAGAAA